AUGCGGUUCACCGGGGAUACGCCCGAGUUCAUGCAGCUCACGACGUGGGAGCGGGAUUGCUCGAUCUUCCACCGCGUCAGCGAGCUCUCGGUUUUUAAGGAUUACAAAAAAUGGCGUAGCUUUCUCGUCUGGCGUGGGGUUGUGCGAAGGCACGCGAUGAAUAGCAGCCAGAAUUUUCUCCAGAAGAACCUCUUCCACGUCCAUCCAAAGCUUUCGGCGACGUUGCAGCUCGUGCGAAAGUGUUGCCUGGAGUUUAGCGCGAACAAUGACCUCUACGUCUCCCCCGGAGAGACUCUCACACUAGAGGAUUACUGCCAGACCCUAGUGAAUCACCUCAACACGCAGCGGGAGAGCCUAGAGAAGAUGGUUUUGACACUGCGCGAUCAUGUCGAUCAGGCCUGUAAGGCUGCAAUGCUCGCCGCGCAGAUGGAGCGUGAACAGAUGAAUUCCCGCUACAGCGACGAGGAUAAGCGGAAGCGAAAGCUGUUGGAUAUCCGCGAGUUGGGAAUGCAGCAGCAGCCCUCCUACGUCGAGCUCACCCAGCGCAAAGCCACCUGCAAGCGCCUCACCGCCUUUAUCAAGCUCUGCGACUACCUCAUCAUCUCCUGCCUUACCAAACUCGCCAUCAAGGCGGUGGUGAGCAUCGCCGCGGAUAUUGUCUAUCCAAGAUCGGCAUCGGCGGAGCCCCCGAGCAGCAUCCCCACUCGCCACGCCUCGUUGACGUCUGCCGCGGCGCUGCACGCUGGCCACCACGCAAGAGAUCGAAAAUCCGAUUCUGCGCUAAACUCCACUUUCAGCGGCCCUCUUUUCAGCGUGGAAGUGUUAUACAAUGAAAAGGACCAAUGUAUUAAUAUUAGCCCCUCGCAAGUGCGUUUGACCGAGGCGGUGGAUGAUAUCAUUUCGGAGUACGUGCACACUGCCCGAGGCAUUCCGAGGCUUGAGUUUAUGGAUGUUUUUAAGGUGUACACCUCGAGUGUUGAUGAUCGGACGUCUUUGGAGGGCCCUGGAGCCGGUCCUGACGUGGCGGAGAUGAUCCUGGCCGAGGAAGAAUACAAGAAAAGUCUUUUAUCGAUUAACAACAGCUUUGCGUAUUGCUUCAAUAAGGUUAAUCAAUAUGUGCAUGGGUUUAAUGUUUACAGAGAUAUGUAUGUUAGCAAUGCAAAAUUAGAUAUGAACGUGAUUCUCGAGCAACAGGGAACGAUCAAGUUCUUCAGGGAGCACCUCAUGCUCUUCAAGAACCAAAUGGAUAUGAUCUCUAGUAAAAUACCUAAUAGCAAGGACGUUACGCUGUUUCGUGUGCAUUCUGACGGCCUCCGAGAGUUCUUCGCGCCAAGUCCGGCGGCCUGCCUGGAAGCUUUCCACCAAACCAUGCCUAUCAUCGUGCAUCGCUACAACGAAGCCCUGCUUUCGGAGCUGCAGAAGCGGAACUCCUACCUUAGUGCCUUUCCCAAAACUGUCGAGCACUAUGUGGAGUAUCUCGACUAUUAUCACAACCUGGAGUCCGAGCUGGAUCAAAUCGGGAGUUCGUUUGAAUUCAUUCGCGAGCUUCUCAAUCUGUUGCAGGAGGAGUCCAUCAGCAUCUCGGAGAACGACGAGGAAAUCUUCAGAAGCGGUACCCGCCCGCAGUUUGAUAAGCUGCGCACCCUCGUGCAAGUGGUCGAGGAUGGGAAGGAAUCGCAGCAGCGUCUUUUCGCGCGAAACAUCGACGAGCAGAUGGAUCAGCUUCGCCGACGGAUUGAGGAGGUCUACAAUAAAGCAGGCCAACCGAUCGUCGACUCCGACGAGGGCGAGGUGGAGACGGUGAUCACCUACAUCACGGAUCUUCAGCAGGAGGCGGAGCGCAUCGCCGCGCGGGAGAAGGAGCUUCGGCGGUUUCAAUCCGCGAUCGGGGUGGAGGAGACGACUGUGGAUACGAUGCAGGAUAUGCUGAACGAUGUGAAUAUCAAAGCGAGGCUGUGGGUUGGAAUUUCCGACUGGCAAAAGUUCACCGACGAGGUCGUUGUGCAGCCUUUCGCCGAGGUUGACCUCGAGGGCAUCCAAGAUAAAGUGCAGAAGUAUACGAUGCUGGUGAAGCAAGUGAUCACCAAGCUCACGGGCAACGCUGCCGUACCGAAGCUGAAAAAGAAGGUGGAGGAGUGGCGGCAGCUCAUCCCGAUCCUGCAGGUCUUCACGAACCCGAAGAUGAAGGCGGAGCACCACUUAAAGGUGUCAAACAUUGUGGGGAUGGUGGAGGAUAGCGCCAGCGGCACUUGCAAGACGCUUGCGGAGUGGAAUAAGCAAUUCACGAUCAAGAUGCUGCUCGAGAAUAACGUGCUCGCGUUCAAAAACGACAUCCUCGCGAUCAGCGCCACCGCCAUCGAGGAGGAUAAGCUGCAGCAGCAGAUCGACAAGGUGAACGCGAUGUGGAAUGGCGGCGGCCCUAAACCGCCGAUGGAGUUUGAAUUCCACCACCACAAGGAUAUGAAGGACGUCUUCACGCUCGUCAGCACGUCGGUCGAGGAUGUUGCCGCGCUGCUGGACGAUUCGUUGAUUGCGAUCUCCACGAUUGGCUCCAGCAGAUGCUGCCAGGGCAUCCUCCGUACGCAAGUGGAUCGAUGGGAGGCGAGAUUGAAGUACAUGCAGGCGACGCUCGACAAGUGGGUGGAGUUCCAGCGCAACUGGGUUUACCUGGAGAAUAUCUUCUCCUCCUCUGAGAUUCGAAGCCAGUGGAAGGACGACGCGAAGCGGUUCGAGAAGGCGGAUCACUUCUUCAAGUAUUUGAUGCGAAAGGCGCAUGAUUUACCAACCGCGUACCGUGUCCUUCUUAUCAACCCACCGUCGUUCGAUCCUGGGGACCCGACGCCAUCAGGCAGGGUGCUGCAACAAGAGCUUGAGGCGUAUAUCGUCGAGCUCGAGCGCGUGCUGUCGAGCUUGGAGAAGAAACUAGAAGAGAAACGCCGCGCCUUCCCACGCCUCUACUUUCUCAGCAACGAUGAUCUCCUCGAUGUGCUCGCCAAGGUUCGAACUCCGGAGCUGGUGAUGCUGCACAUGCUGAAGAUAUUCGACGGCAUCAAAACCCUCGUUUUCGGAGAGAGCAGCACGAUCACGCAUCUUGUUUCUAUGGAAGAUGAGAAAGUGGAGCUGAUUAAUCAAGGCAUCAAGGCGCGCGGUCCGGUGGAGACGUGGAUGGAUAUUCUCGAACAUGAGAUGUUUACCUCGCUUCGGAGGCAUGCGCAGACCUGUCUGGAAGACUACGAAGCGCGCGAUAAUCGCCACGAAUGGAUGUUUCAGCAUCCCGUGCAACUCGUACUGAUUAUGGAGCAACUGUUUUGGACUCGUAGCGUCGAAGAGGCACUCGACAAGCAGGAUACCCCGCAACGGAUGGAAAAUCUGAAAAAGGCAAAUUAUCGCGCGCUUGAAGAUCUCGCAAGCCUCACCUCCUUCCAGCUUUCCAAGCUGCACCGUAUCUUGCUUUCCACGAUGAUCACCAUCGAUGUUCACGGCCGCGACCUUGUCGAUGACAUGUGCACGAAUCAGGUGAUGGAUUCCAGGGAGUUUGGGUGGACGAAGCAGCUACGAGUGUACUGGGAGCCGGAUGAGGACGGCCGUGGAAACAUCUUUAUCCGCCAAAACAACUCGCGUUUUGUGUAUGGCUACGAGUACCUUGGCGCGCAGGGCCGGCUGGUGAUUACGCCGCUGACGGAUCGCAUUUACAUGACGGUAACAGGGGCCCUGAAGCUUUAUCUCGGGACCUCCCCACAAGGCCCUGCGGGGACGGGAAAGACGGAGACCGUCAAGGAUCUCGCGAAAAAUCUCGCCCGUCAGUGCAUUGUGUACAACUGCUCCGAUGGGGUGACCUACAAGAUGAUGGAGAAGCUCUUCUCCGGGCUGAUUCAGACCGGCGCGUGGGCCUGCCUGGAUGAGUUUAACCGCAUUAACAUCGAGGUGCUCUCCGUGAUAGCCUCCCAGCUGCUGGAGAUCAAGCUCGCGUUGCAGAACGGGCAGGAAAAGUUCACCUUUCAGGGCACCCCGGACGUCCGCGUGCGUGGGACCUAUGGCGCGUUCGCCACCAUGAACCCGGGCUACGCCGGACGAACGGAGCUGCCGGAUAACCUGAAGAUUCUCUUCCGCCCGGUCGCCGUGAUGACGCCGGACUUCCGCAUGAUCGCGGAGGUGAUUCUCUACUCCGAAGGCUUCAAGGACGCGAAGGAGCUCUCGCGGAAGAUCACCCAGCUCUACAAGCUCAGCUCCGAAAAGCUUUCCUUGCAAGACCACUACGACUUUGGCAUGCGGGCGAUUAAAUCGAUUUUGGUCAUGGCGGGCGACCUCAAACGCUCGCAGCCGGACGUCCCCGAGCACUGGACGCUCAUCGUCGCCUGCAACGACGCCAACGUGCCCAAGUUCGUCGCGGAGGACCUCCCGUUGUUCAAAGGGAUCAUGCAGGAUCUCUUCCCGGGCGUGUCUUUCCCGGAGCGGGAGUAUCACGAGCUCCUCCCCGCGAUGCGCGCGGCGAUGGCGGCGAAGAAACUCCUCGACGCCGGCGCCUGGUUAACCAAGGCGAUUCAGUUUUACGAAACCCUCAUCGUCCGGCAUGGCGUGAUGCUCGUCGGGGGAACGGGAACGGGAAAGACGGAGAUUUGUCGAUGCCUCGCGGAGGCGUUGACGAGUAUGGGGGCGGCCGGAAGCACCAAUCCGAUGGCGCGCCCCGUUCAUCAGUUCGUGAUCAACCCCAAGGCGAUUCACCUCCACGAGUUAUACGGCCAAUUAGACGUGAACACGAACGAGUGGAUCGAUGGGGUGCUCGCCACUAUCAUGAAGGAGUGCGUGCGCGAUUCCGAAACGAAUAAGGAUCAUCGUUGGAUUAUCAUGGACGGCCCGGUGGAUACGCUGUGGAUUGAAUCCCUUAACUCCGUGCUGGACGACUCGAAGCUGCUUUGUUUGGAUAACGGCGAGCGGGUGAAGUUGCCGGAUACGAUUCACAUGCUGUUUGAGGUGGAAAACCUCGCGGUGGCCUCCCCUGCGACCGUCUCGCGCUGUGGGAUGGUGUACAUCAACGCGGGCGAUUUGCCGUGGAGUGCGGUGGUGCAUCAGUGGAGCGAAACGAAGCUGGAGGCGGCCGGGGUGGGCCCUUUAUGCCGCCGUUAUAUCCUCUCCCUCUUCGACACCUUCGUCGAUCGAGGGCUGAGGUGGUUGCAACACCAAACCCCAUUGAUUAGCGCAGGCGAGAUUAACAUCGUGCAGUCGAUGUGCGAUCUGUUCAGCGCGAUGAUGCAGACCCACCAAAUCACCCUCAUGCCGGAUCCGGAGAACUGGUCGACGCUCGAGCCCGAUGAUGAGAUCUUCCGCAUUCGCAACGAAACCUGCCAUUUGCUCUUUGUCUUUUCCUACAUCUGGUCAGUGGCGGGGAAUGUGGAUCAGGACGCGAUGGAUAACUUCGAUCACGCGGCGCGAGGGUGGUUCGAGAAGCUCGUGCGGUUCCCCAACCACGGGUCGAUUUUCGACCUCACCGUGGAUUUCUCGACCCGGAUGUUCAUCCCAUGGGCGAAUACGAUGCCGGAGUACGUCUACGAUCCCGCCACGCCGUUUUUUAACAUCCUCGUGCCGACGGUGGAUACGGUGCGGUAUGGCGCCCUCGCGCGGAUGCUCCUUCGCGCGGGCAAACCUUUCCUCCUGAACGGCCCCACCGGGGUUGGCAAGACCGUCAUCCUCGCCGACUGCCUUUCCACCCAUAAGGAGGCGCUGCAUCUUUCCGUGAUCGCCGUCCAGUUCAGCGCGCAGACCUCCGCCGCGCGGACGCAGGAGGCGAUUGAAGGGAAGAUGAAACAAAAGCGGAAGAACAUCCUCGUUCCGCCGCCCGGGCAGCAGGUCGCGCUGUUUAUCGACGACCUCAACCUCCCCGCGCGGGAGGUCUUCGGGGCCUCCCCGCCCAUCGAGCUGCUUCGUCAGCUGAUGGGGCACGGGGGGUUCUACGACCGCCUCAUCGCGGGGUUUUGGAAACACGUCCGGGAGGUCACCGUUGUCGCCGCUUGUGGACCCCCGGAGGGCGGGCGAAACCCUCUCACCCCCCGUCUUACCCGUCUGUUUCACCUGUUGCAAAUCCCAAACCUCGCGGAGAAGUCGAUGCAUCGGAUCUUCACGGCGAUUCUUGGGGGGUUUUUCGAGGCCAAGGGGUUUCAUAAGGACAUCAAGCACCUGACCGGCGGCCUCGUGCAGACCAGUGUGGAGGUCUUUAACGGCCUUCGCCGAGGCCUGCGCCCACGUCCGGCGACGCCGCAUUACACGUUUAACCUCCGCGAUCUCGCAAAGGUCUUUCAAGGCAUCACCCAGGUCACCCCUCGCGCGUGCAAGGACGCGAAAACGGUCGUCCGGUUGUGGAUGCACGAGUGUAUGCGGUGCUUUUACGAUCGCCUCGCCACCCCGGAGGAUCGGCGGUUUUUCUUGGAGGAUUUGAUGAGCGACGCGGUGAAUCACCUCAUCCCCGCGUCGAACUUGCAGGAGGAGUUGUUUUCCGAUACCCCUAUGAUUUGGGCGGAUUUUAUGCGUUUCGGGUCCUCCGAGAGGGUCUAUGAGGAGGUUACCGAUUUCAAGCGCGUCCCGCAUGUCUUAGGGGAGUAUCAAGAGGAGUACAAUGCGAUUAUCAAUCUCAUCGACGCCAAAGGUCGGGAUGGGGGUAACAACGAGGUCCAGGCCGCCCAUCUCAAUCUCGUCUUUUUCAAAGAUCACUGCGAGCACCUCUCGCGGUUGAUUCGGAUCCUUCGACAGCCGCGCGGGAACGCGCUUUUGGUCGGGGUGGGGGGUUCUGGGAAGCGUUCGUUGGCGCGUUUAGCCGCCUACGUGGCGGAUUGCCGCAUCUUUGAGAUCGCGGUCGGCAAGGGCUUUUCCGUCGCCGAUUUCCACGAGUUUUUGGUCGAGGUCUACACCUACGCCGGCGUCGAAUGCCGGCCCUGCGUGAUGCUGCUAUCCGACAACCAGAUGGUUCAUGAUGUGAUGCUGGAGGAUAUCAGCAAUGUCCUCAACUCGGGCGAGGUCCCCUCCCUCUUCAGCAGCGAAGAGCGGGAGAAGAAGAUCAACUCCUGCCUCGAAGAGGCCCGGAAGGUGGGGAUUUCGAACCGCGAGGAUGUCUACAACUUUUUCAUCUCCCGCGUGCGCGAUAACCUUCACGUGGCGCUCUGUAUGAGCCCCGUGGGGGAUACGUUUCGCGCGCACUGCCGUCAAUUCCCCUCGUUGACGAAUUGCUGCUCCAUCGAUUGGCUGGAUGAGUGGCCGACGGAGGCGCUGAAUGGGGUGUCGGAGAACAUGCUCAAAGAUCUUGACGGGUUGAUGCCGACUGAUUUCCUCUCCAAACUACCGGCGUUGUGCGUGGACGUGCAUGACUGUGUGGUGAAGCUGGCGGGGAUGUAUUGGGAGGAGGUCCGACGACGCUACUACGUGACCCCGACGUCGUACCUGGAAUUUAUUGAGAUGUACAAAGCGAUGUUCGUGGAGCAACAGAAGACGAUCGAGGAGCAGCUCGAGCGCAUCAAGAACGGCAAAUUGAAGAUGAAGGAAACGGACGAGACGAUUGGGAAGAUGCGGCAUGAGAUUGAGGUGAAACGGCCGUUGCUGGAGCAGGCCUCGAAGGAAACCCAGGCCGUCGUCGCCGAUCUCAAAGUGCGGCAGACGAAGGUGGGGGAGAUGCAGGUGCAGGUCCGCGCCCAGCAAGCGAGCGCGACCGAACAACAAAGCGAGGCCUCUCGGAUCGCCUCCGAGGCGAACAGCCGUCUGGCCGAGGCGAAACCGAUCAUCACCCGCGCGAAGGCCGCCCUGGAUACGAUUCAGGCGAGCGAUCUGAACGAACUCCGCUCCUUUGCGAAUCCCCCGUCGGCGGUGCUGAAGACCGCCCAGGCGUGUAUGAAUAUGUUUGAUCCGAAGGACUUCAACAACUCGUGGUCGGGGGGGAUGGAUUGGAAAGGGGCUCGCGAGUUUUUGUCGUACCGCCCUCUGCUCGACAUGAUUCGGAACUACCCAACGGACAAUGUCAAGCCCUCUAUUCUUCAGAAGAUCCAAAAGUGCAUCAACGACGAGGAGUUCACGGUCGAGAUUUGCUCGCAACGGGGCUCGCAAACCUGCGGGAGCCUCUGUGCGUGGGUGCACGCCGUGAAUGAGUACUCGAAGAUCGUCAAGGAGGUCGCCCCGAUGCGGCAGGCCGCCGCCGAGGCCGAGCAACACCUCGCGGAAACCACCACCAAACUCCACGCCACCCAGCAGCUCCUCCGCGACGUCGAGAAGGAGCUCGCCGAGCUCGAGGAAAAUUAUCAACGAAGCUUAAAGAAGAAGAACGACCUCGAGGCCGGGUUGCGGGUCUGCAUCCGUCGUCUGGAGAACGCGGAGACGCUUUCGAGCUCCCUCAAAAGCGAGGGCGCGCGGUGGUCAGAGAACAUCACCCAUCUCACCGCCAAGUUAGGCAAAUUGCCCUUGCAAUCCUUCAUCGCGAGCGCCUGUGCGGCGUACUUCGGGCCGUUUACCCCUGCCUUCCGCAAACGACUCCUUCAGGCGUGGUUUGAGCGGCUGCAGCAGUGCGACCUCGGCGCCGACGCCGGGGGGUCGUUGAUUCAAAUCCUCGGCGACCCCGUCGACAUCCUCAGCUGGCGGGUGAAUGGGCUGCCGAUGGAUGAUACGUCGAUUGAGAACGCGAUUAUCGCGAUGCUUUCGCACGCGCCACGGCGGUGGCCGCUCUUUAUCGACCCCCAGGAGCAAGGAAUUAAGUGGUUGAUGCAUCAGUUUAGCUACCAACAAUCCGUGAUCGGAAAUCGCCCGGGCGGGUUCGCGCGCGACGCCAAACACGGCCAGAUGUCGAUGCUGAAGGUGAUUCGGAUGACGGAGCCGACGUGGAUGCGAACCUUGGAGAUGCAAAUCCGCCUCGGUGGGGUGGUGAUCAUCGAUAACGUCGGGGAAACGCUGGACCUCGCGCUCGAGCAGCUCAUCGCGCGACGGAUUAUCACAAGGGAAGGGGGGAUGCCGCAGAUUCAGCUCACCACCCAGUCCGGCCCGAUCGACUUUCAUCCAAACUUUCGAUUGUUUAUGUGUACGAAGUUGGCGAAUCCACACUUCCUGCCGGAUAUCAGCACCCGGGUCGCGUUGAUUAACUUCACCAUCACCCGGGAGGGGUUGGAGGAGCAACUGCUCGGUGAGGUGGUUUCAAUUGAAAAGCGUGAGCUGGAGCGGGAGAAGAAUCGCAUGAUCGAGAGUAUUUCGCAAGGUGAGCGCAAGCUCAAGGCGAUCGAGAAAACCAUCCUCGAGCGGCUCAACUCGACCAAGGGUAACAUUCUCGAUGAUUCCGAGCUCAUCGCCGAGCUCAAAGCCGCGCAGUCGAACGCCGAAGUCGUCGGUGUUCAGCAGAUCGAGGCGAACCAGAAAAUGGAAAUCAUAUCGGUUUCCCGUGAGAAGUACCGCAGCGUGGCGGUGCGCGCGUCGGUCCUUUUCUUUGUGAUCGCGGACAUCGCCUGUAUCGACCCUAUGUAUCAGUACUCCUUGCAAUUUUUCGUCAAUUUGGUUCGUCAUGAGAUCGAGAACACCGAGAAACCCACAUUUUACGACGAGGAAAGCGAAGGGAUGCUCCAGGAACAUCUGGUGAAGGUAAAAGACCGAUUGACGGAGACGACCUACAAUCAGGUCUGCCGUGGGUUGUUCAACCGCGACAAGAUUAUCCUCUCCGUGCUGAUCGUCACCUCGAUUGCGCGGCAGAAAGGCGAGAUUACCGAUGCGGAAUGGCAGUACUUCGUGCGCUCGACCGCGCUGAUCCCUUCGAAUCUGCCGGAGAUCCCGGCCGAGCUGAAGUGGAUGAAUCGGCAGCAAUGGGAACUCCUCCAGGCCCUCACCCUCACCGUCCCCGCCUACAAGGCGCUCGCGGAGAGUCUCUCGCGGCACGCCGCGGCAUGGAAGGCGUUCGCGACGCACGACGAGAUCCACACCGCCGGGAUGCCCGAUGGGUGGGGUGCGCGCCUGACGGCGUUCCAAAAAAUCCUCCUCGUUCGAACCUUCCGCGAGGAGAAGCUCUACCUCGCGCUCUACCAUUAUGUGAGCACCUCCAUGGGGGCGCGGUAUGUGGAGACGCCGUUGUUCGAUUUGGCGACCGUCCUGCAGGAUAGCACGCCGGCGACGCCGAUUAUCUUCGUCUUAUCCCAAGGUGCGGACCCCAUGGGCGCCCUCCAGGCCUGCGUGAAGGCGGAAGGUCGGGAACUUCAGUACAUCUCCCUCGGCCAAGGCCAAGGCGAGAACGCGAAGAAGCUCAUCGCGAAUUGCCGAACCACCGGGGCCUGGGCGUUGCUCCAGAAUUGCCACCUUUCGAAAAGUUUUAUGCCGGAAUUAGAAAGCGAGGUCGCGAAGUUGCAGGCCGCGUCCUCGGAGACGCACCCGGACUUCCGCCUCUGGUUAACCUCCAUGCCGACGGACUUUUUCCCGGUCUUUGUGCUUCAGACGAGCAUCAAACUCACCAACGAACCCCCAACCGGGCUGCGGGCGAAUAUGAUUCGCGCGCUUGGCGAUCUCACCCCGAAGGAUUUCACCCCUUUUGUCGCGGAAGAACACAUCGGCGGGUAUUCCAAGAACGAGGCCUUGAAGAAGCUUCUGUAUGGGUUGUGUUUUUUCCACUCCGUCGUGCUGGAGCGGCGAAAGUUCGGCCCAUUAGGGUGGAACGUCACCUAUGAAUGGAAUGAUACCGACCUGGACGUCUCCAAACAGUGGCUGAGGCUGUUUUUUGAGGCGCAGGAGGCGAUCCCGUGGGAUCCGCUGGAGUAUAUCAUCGGGGAGAUCAACUACGGCGGGCGCGUGACCGACCCUCAGGAUCGUGGGCUCCUCCAGACGAUUCUCCGUCGAUGCAUCAGCCCUGGUUUGCUGCAGGAAGGGUACACCUUCAGCGAGAGUGGACGCUACGUCGCCCCGGCGGAAGGGAGCACCUUUGAGGACCUCAAAACCCACAUCCUUCAGCUGCCGCUCGUGGAUGAACCCGAGGCCUUUGGGAUGCACGAGAACGCGAACCUCCGUUAUCAACUCCAGACCUCGCAAUACCUCCUCUCCACCGUGGUUUCGAUCCAACCUCGCCAGGUCGGCGCCGGGGGCGGAUCCGUUUCCUCCGGCGGGGGAGCCAUCCUCACCCCGGAGGAGGAGGUGCGCGCGAAAUGCCAGGAACUCGCCGCGGGGCUCCCGCCGAAUCUUCGCGUGGAGGAGGCCGGCCCCACUGCCUUCGUGACCCUCGAGGAUGGGCUUCCCAAUUCCCUCUCCACCGUCCUCGCGCACGAGGUGGGGAUGUACAACCGGCUGCUCGAUCGCAUUCGACAAACCCUCGCGGAUAUGGAAAAGGCGUUGCAAGGCCUCACCGUGCUCUCCGUCGAGCUGGAUGCGAUGUAUACGUCGGUCUUGAACGAUCAGGUCCCUCAGCUUUGGGCCGCGGUCGCCUACGCCUCGUUGAAACCGUUAGGCGCGUGGUAUCGCGACUUUUUACAACGCGUGAAUUUCAUCCGGACGUGGCUGCAUCGAGGGGAGCCGAAGGCAUUUUGGAUCGGCGGGUUUUUCAACUGCAGCGCUUUUAUCACCGGGAUUAGUCAGGCCUUCGCGCGGGCGGAGAAGGUCUCCGUCGAUAAGCUGGGGUUUCGAUUUUAUGUGGUGAAUGGCGAGGUCGAUCAGCUCGAGGAGGGGCCGGAGCGGGGUUGUUACGUGUAUGGGGUGUACGCCGAUGCGUGGCGGUGGGAUCCGGUGGAUCAGGUGAUGUCGGACCCCUUGCCAGGCGAGCCGUACGCGAUCCUGCCGGCUUUGCAUUUUCUUCCCGAACCGUUUCAUGAAAAACCGAAUGAAUCCCACGCGGUACCUUUGUAUCGCACCACCGUGCGGGCAGGCAUGAUGUCGUCUCUCGGAGCCAGCUCCAACUACGUGUUGUCGAUCGAAUUUCCUUCCGAUAAGUCUUCCGACUACUGGCUCCUAAAGGGAGCGGCGUGUGUGUGCGCACUUAAUAAUUGA